CUUUAAAAAAAGAAUAGAAAUCAAAUUUUUUUCAUAACCUAGAAACCCUUUAAUCAACAACCUUCGUCUAACCUACACUUUCACCAUCACCACCACCACCACCACCACCUCCGACUACCCACCGGACUUCCUUUUCCGAUCACAUCCUCUUUAUCAUUACGCGCUAUUCGGUCUUUACGGUUACAGAUGGAUGAAACACAACAACAACAACAACAACAACAAGAAGCAGACACCAAACAAAGUUCAGAAGAAGUUUGCAAAUUUUUUCGAAAACCCACUAAAAAUAAAAACAUAAGGAAAAGGGGUCAUGAAGAUGAGAAUGGGGAAACCGACGAACAGGAAGGACCGUCUGUAGUGAUCAACAAGAAAAAGGCGGUUGCACCGGAUAAUAAACUGCGCUUUGCUACCGGGCCGGCAAAGAGAGGUGCACAGUCAGAAGAACAGGAUGGAGAUACGAAGGCAACGAUGUUCCAGUUUGAUUCGUCGAAAGAGAUUCAAGUGCAGAACGAUAGUAGAGCGACUGCGACACUGGAAACGGAGACAGAUUUUUCCAUGGAUGCUAGGGCGAUUAGGGAGAGAAAACUGAAACAAGCGGAUGAGGCCUUGAAAGGGAAGAAAGUUGGUGAUGAGAAGUUGUACAAGGGUAUUCAUGGGUAUACUGAUUAUAAGGCGGGGUUUAGGAGAGAACAAACGGUGGCGAGUGAGAAAGCGGGUGGGUCACAUGGACCGUUGAGAGCUUCUGCUCAUAUUAGGGUGUCUGCGAGGUUUGAUUACCAGCCGGAUAUUUGUAAGGAUUAUAAGGAGACUGGCUAUUGUGGGUACGGUGAUUCAUGUAAGUUUAUGCAUGAUCGUGGGGAUUAUAAGUCGGGAUGGCAGAUGGAGAAAGAGUGGGAUGAUGCAGAGAAAGAAAGAAAGAGGAAAUUGGCAUUGAAAGGCGGUGAUGAUGAGGAGGAGGAGGAGGAGGAUGAUAUCGAGAAUGAUGAGGAUGGUCUGCCCUUUGCUUGUUUUAUCUGCCGGAAGCCUUUUGUCGACCCUGUCGUGACGAAGUGCAAGCAUUAUUUCUGCGAGCAUUGUGCUUUAAAGCACCAUGCAAAGAAAAAAAAAUGCUACGUGUGCAACGAGCCUACACAAGGGAUUUUUAAUGCUGCGGUCGAAAUACGAAAGAGGAAAGGGGCUGAAAAGAAGAAGUGAACAUGUAACUUUCAAUUCUUCAUUUCUUUGAUGCAUACCGUGUACUUUGCUACUAAUUCUGUGCAAAUUCAGGUUCACUUAUGAAGUUUAUAUUUUACUUGCUUCUUGCAGUUUCUGUAUUGGCCUCUAUUGUUGCAAUUGUCACUACAUAUGUAGGCUAGCCUUUUAUCUAUUUUUAUUAUGAAUAUUUCAUUGGUGCAAA